UAUAAAGUAUUGUGAAAAUGGAUGACGAUGAAAUUAAUGGUGAGGAGAAGAGUGUUGAGAAGAAACCUGAAGCAUUUCUGAAAAGAAGAAUGCGUAAAUCCAAGUCAAAUUCAACAAGCAGUAUUGAAACAGACGCCAAGCCUAAGGCCAAGGGUGUCAAGCGGAUUCUUUUAGAGCCUGAUGGCAUUUAUGAGGAUGAAUCUAGAGAUUUUUUUGGUUUUUCAUCCGAAAGUACAAUCAUCAUCGAGACAGAAUUGCAAAUUCUUCAUAAGCUUAUAGUUGAAGCAGAGGCGGAAGAGAAGGAGGAGGAGGAGGAGGAGGUGUACAAUGCUAUAAAACGGCGACGUGCGCCUUCGAAAGGAGUUCAAAAGAUUGUUGAGUUGAAAUUAGCUACAGAAGGUGUCGAGAAAUCUAUCACUGAUUACAAUAAAAGUAUAUCGAUAAUUUCUGAAGAAAAGCUUAAUGAUAAAAAUGAAAAAGAUUCCGAGAGAGAUGUAACAAUAGAGAUAAAUCCUUCUCAUUUUCCAAACAAUGUGGAGAGUGAGGGAGUACUGAGUGACAGUCGAAACAUUGAUAUGUCGAAUUCCCUGUAUAAAGAACCUUUUAAAUUUGGUUGGAAACGUGAAAUGAUUUACAAGGGUGGAUUUGACACUACUCCAAAACGAUCAGCAGACAUUUAUUAUUACUCUCCUAAGGGGAAGAAAGUUAAAAGCCUCCGCGAAGUUGCAGAAUGUCUAACAACCAAGGAACUGACAUUGGACAACUUUACGUUCUAUAAAGAACCAAUUGGUGUUGACGAUCCCUCUUUAGAAGUUAUCAGGGACGCCAAGAGACUUCGAUCAGAGUCGACAGGUGGUCAUGUCAUUCUUGCAGGAAAAAACCCGACUAAACGUUCGUCUUCGGCUAAGAAAGCAACAACACCACCACCGCCACCGCCACCGCCACCGCCACCACCACCGCCACCCCCACCGCCACCACCUCCAUCUCCAUCUAAAAUUGUUAAAGGUUCAUCUUCCAAGACAACGACUUCUACAGGGCUCAAGAUUAAAGUUCUUGGGAAACGAGGGACUCAAAAGAAGGAAGUAAAAGGACCGAACGAAACAGAAUUGCGGCCUGCCCAAUGGAAUCCUCUCAAUGCAGCAAGAAGGAAUCAAGCAGUUGUUGAAAAAGUGACAUCUUCUAAAAAUAAAAGGAUAUUGAACAGAGCUAAAGUCCAGGAGCCCUGCAGUAUUCGAUGUUCAAUGAGCAUGGGUCUCAUACCAAGUCUCCAGUGUCGUAUUUGUCUUUGUUUAUAUCAUCCGGAGUGUAUGGGUGGUAAAACUGUCUCAUCCAAAGAGGAAUACAUCUGCAAGAAUUGUCAAAUGGAGCUUGAACCAAAUGAACGCCCCCAGCAAUCAUCACUGAUAAUGCCACCUGCGUUAAUACCAAUAAGCAUGUUAGGCUCUCACAACGUAAGAUCGAAGCUCCUCCCUUUAAAGCCUCAACAAUCAUCAAAAUCAGAUGUUGAAGGAUCCUUGAAACACAAAACCUCCAUAUCAAUAUCAUCAGAAGUUUCUCCAGUAAUCGACAAAAUUAACACUUCACUGAGUCCUUGGUUUAGUACCCCCGGAAAAGAUUUUCUUCAUAGUCAUGAUCGAUUCAAGCUUAAACCUGCCCAAAAUAUUGUCAAAAUGGGAGAAAAACGUUACAUUGUUGUUCCUAAAAAUAAUGAUAUGGCUGUGCAACCAGCGAUCCCGAUCAGACCCAAUCGAUCGUUCGAAACUCAGAGAGAUUUCAUUCGAGGAAACUCUUUGGUUCAUACAAAUUCAUGCACAGAGAACUCAAGUAGUACUCAAAGAAUCUCUCAAUUGGAUGUGAGACGUAUUCAAGAUAAGGAGAACGAAAUAAAUCUAAAAGAUGCUGAGGGACUUGAGGUAGAAAUGUCUUUAAAUAAUUUACCCAGCAAAGAGGAAAUAAUUCAUUAUAAUCAAGUGAAAACUAGUAGUGGAAUUGAACCUGCUGUGCAAACGAUGGAAGUACACAUGGAUAUAGAGGCCAUUGAACUGGAUAAACAUUUGGAGAUUGAGUCAGUUGACAGUUCACAUGUACCAGCAAUUGAGUCUGUUUUUGUUGGAACUAAUGAAAUUGAAAUGGAAAGUGAUAUUGCUGAAGGGAGAGGGGUGACAGUGGAAAGUAAUGAAAAAAUUCACGAGUUCAUGGAUGCUGCACGUCCGUCUCCUGAGAAUCAGAGAAAAGAAGAGAUUGACAAUUUAAACGGAACAUGUGUCAGCAGCACUAUAAAAAAAAUUCCUCCAAUGGAGGUGGACUCCAAGCAAAAUUUCAUGGUAUCAGUAUGUGCAGGAUAUCACGCAUUAUGGCGCACUUUUCAAUACCUUACGGUUCAGGAGCUUCUCCGCGCUGGAAGAGUCUGCAGGAUGUGGAGAGACUUGGCAGCACAUCCAGUACUUUGGAAGACAGUGAGAAUGAAGAAUAGUCAGGUAGCAGAUUGGGAUGGUUUGGGAGCAUGUUUGAAGCGUCAUGGAACCCAGCAUUUGGAUUUGAGGAAGACGUUAACAGCAGGCGUGUCUGAUAGCACUUGGAACAAAUUUAUCUCCAUCCUACCGAAAGUUCCAAGUCUGAUGAUUUUAGAACUGUGCCGAUGUCCAGCGGCUGUUGUGGAAGAGAUAUUCAAGUGUUGUCCUCAAUUAGAGGUACUUAGUGCAAUGGCUGUUAAAUGCGAUUCACUUAAUAUUGAGUCUCUAGGUAAUUCCAAGCAUCUGAAGGAAUUGAGACUUAAAGCAAUCAGUGGAAUGUCAAUUCAAGAAGAUCUUUCACCUUUGGAGGAGCUUAAACAGCUAACACAUCUUAAUCUCACGUCAGUCAAGGAGCUUGGAAAAAAAAAAAUUAAUGUUCUAGGGGCUUUAACUAGCCUGGAGACUCUGGAACUUGGAGAGUGCUCGGAUUUUCCUGAAAAGUUUGGGACUGAUGUACUUUUGAAGCUGAUUAACUUGGAGAAAUUGAGAUUGGAAAAGGGGCAGGGAUCCUGCUGUACUUUCGAUAUUUUGGAAGGCGUCUCCAAAUUACAGAAACUACAUCAGCUUGAAUUGGUGAAUUUUGAUGUGAAAAAUGGUUUUGAUAAGUGUCUGGCUAAUUGUAAAAAUAUUAAGAGGCUACUGAUUAUUCCUACGUAUAUUUCGCAGUCGGCCACUUCAAAUAAUAUGGUUCUAGGAGGAGUCACUGAGUUGACUGAUAAUCUCACGCACUUCGUAUGGGGAGUUACGCUAGAAUUAUUGAGAGUUACUGAUCUCUUUGUUGAUCAGUGCAAUCAGAUGAAUAAGCAAGUGUCGGGAGAUUCUAUUCCAGUGCUCAAACCGGUUCCAUGUUUGAAGUUCAUUGAAGAUGUUGAAGAAGAACAUGAGGCACAAAAAGAAGAGAAACAAUCAAACUUAACAAAUCCACAAGUUGAGGUUCUCCCUGUUCCUCAGCUUCAAAAACUGUUACUUACUGCACUACCGAAAACCAGAGUGGAAAUACUGAAGAUUCCCUUCCAUGCAACUUGGAGUCAGAGUAUAUCAGAUACUACAUUACAGUAAUUAUUUUUUGGUUAGAAGGAUUUCACGAGUAUCUCAAUUUCGUGAAUUAAUUGAGAAAAUUGAUUAAUUUUAUGCAAAAUAAAAAUAAUUCUGUGGAAUAACCAUAGGACAAAACUAA